AUUUUUUUUUCAUGUACACGCUUAAAUUCAGUAAUUCUGGAAUGAUACAUCUAGGACUUAAAGAACUUAGCUAUGCUAGUCAGAUCGCCCAAACGAGGAUAAUCGACCACAGCCACAUGCGUAACCUGUGGGUCUCAUACCGAGUAUUGCAUCAUAGCCAUUCUCUAGCCUUGGAUGAGCAGAUUGGUUGAAUCGGUAGUAUGUUAGUAUUUAUCACUUCCUCCAUUUUGAAGUAAUCUACAAGAAAGAAAUACACAUAUCGUUAGGUUCGAAGAUCACGAUGAAACAGAUUCCGGAAGUUGGGGUUUUAGGCAAGUCGCCGCCAACUAAGCCGAGAGCUCCGUCUGCUCGGCGACGGAGGUUAUCGUGGCGGUACGCCGUCUGCUCUUUGAUCGCAGGCUACGUCGUGUAUUGUUAUACGUUUUCGUUACCCCUUUUCGCUCAUCUACUUCCCGAAUACAGCGGUCCAUAUUCAGUUGGGGCGGUCGAUAUCGAGGUCCCCGUUGCGUCUCCGCGUGUCGUUGAUACGGCGCGGCUUAAGGGGACGAAAGAAAAUGCAUUUGAGUUAGAGACGGUAUUAUUCACGAUUUAUUAUCCCGCAGCACAGAACGCUGUUAGCCAAAAGCCGAAACAUUAUUGGAUUGAGAAGCCUCUCUCUGCGACAACUGAGGGAUACGCCAAAUUCUCACAUAUCAGUAAUUUCAUCGUGAACAAGUUCCUGGCCGGAGCAGUAGGUGCUCUCGUGGGGAGUAUACGGAUCCCUGCGCAAGUCGAUGUGCCGCUGGCCGACUUGGUAACUGCUGUUACGGAAAUUCCGGAGACUCGAGAUGACAUUCAGGAAGUCAAGAAAGUGAUACAAAUCGCGGACGGUGGUCAUCCGGUUAUCGUAUUUUCGCAUGGCAUGUCGAGUAGUCGUACUAGCUACACCCACUACGCCGGCGAGCUCGCGUCGCGUGGCUACGUCGUCGUCGCGCUCGAACAUCGAGACGGCUCUUGUCCCGGAUCCAUCAUCAUGAAAAACGGCGAUCCGGACAAAACCAAACUCCUCUUCGUCGUUUCCGAAGUGAAGUCCGCUUCAGGGAAGGACCUCACUAUACCCGAGUUCAAACGAGCACAGCUCGAUUUUAGGGAGGCCGAGAUCGAAGAAGCCGUCCGAGUCCUGAAACUCAUAAACGAGGGCCAAGGCGACGAAAUCUUCAAGAAGAAUCCUAGAGGAGAAGGGGCGGACCUCAAAAAUUGGAAAGGUCGCCUCAACACAGACGACAUGGUCGUCGCGGGGCAUAGUUAUGGCGCAACGGGUGCCAUGCAAGCGCUACACGGCGGGCCGAGCGCCAAGCGGCCGUUCAAAGGUGCCGUCAUCCUCGAUCCAGGGAAGCACAGCGGUCGCCUUAACGAUGACAUCCGGGUCCCUCUCCUAGUCGUCCAUAGCAAUUCGUGGAGUAGUAGCGUGAGUCUGUUUUACGGCCGCCCGCACUUCGACUCCGUCAGGGAUAUCGUCGAGAAUAACGCGCUAAGGGGCAUGCCGAGCUGGUUCGCGACGUCGUUGGGGACUUCGCAUCCCAGCGUCACAGACGCGCCGCUAUUAGAGCCGUUGCUAUUGAGUUGGACUACCGGGGCGAGGAUCGAUGUGUAUGAGGGCUUGAGGCAGUACGUGCAUGUUUCCGAGGACUUUCUCUGGUUUUUGACAACGGGGGAGAAGAGGGGGUUGCUGAGGGAGAAGGCGGAGUUUCCGCAAUAUGAUGAGGGUAGAGGAUUUGGCGUGUGGAAGCCGGGACAGGGACGCGGGGACACGGAAACGGAGGGCUGGAGGAGGUAUUGGCAGGUUCAUGUCUCGCCGAAUUAGAUGUUUUGGCUGCUUUGGCGUUGGGGAUUUGCGGGUCGGCUGAAUUAGGUACGACAUCUAUUGUGUUACGUAGGGCUGUGGGAUGUGUUCAGGGGCUUGGGGAUCUAAUCUAGGUAGUUACCUAGGUAACUAGAUAGAUAUAGAAAUCAGACUUAUAUUA